CAAGCUCUUGGUCUCCGACGCUACAGUUAUCUUCUCCACUUCUCGUGUACAUCGCCAGGCAAUUCGUCAGUACCUUGGAAACCUUUCCUGUAUUUGGCUGCGCAAUAUACAUGCUAUUCUGACUCGGAUUUACUGCGCUCCCGAAGCAGUUCAUUGAUAUAAAGACAGUUCUAGGUCACCAUCAGGUCACCGAUGACUUCACCAAAACUUUUCAAUCUACCACCUGUACCUCCAGAACUCAAGUCUUUGACACCCUAUCUUCAGCGCGCAGAUGAGCUGAAGAUGAAGGAGCCCGUUAUGGCCUACUGGUGCGCGUACUACGCCGCGCAAGUCGGUAUAGGUCUGAAAGCGAAAACAGUCCCUUGUCGUAACUUUCUCUUCGAACUCUUGGGCCUUUUAGAAUCCAUGAAGCAAGAAAUAGGACCCAACGACGCAAUCGACAUGGAGGCUGCAAGCGCUGCAUAUGUCGAGAACUUUGCUUUGAGAGUUUUCAAUCUUGCCGAUAACGAAGAUAGAAAGGGCCAAUCAACCAGAUCGACAGCGAAGAAAUUCUUGGCUGCUGCCCAUUUUCUUGACGUGUUGAAGACGUUUCCGAAGAGUGAGGUGUCAGAUACUAACGAGGAAAAGAUUCGAUACGCCAAAUGGAAAGCUGCAGAUAUAGCCAAAGCUUAUCGUGAAGGUCGUAAGCCCAUACCAGGGCCUGCAGGCGGUUUACCCGAAGAAGAACCUGUAGCCCCGUCCCUCGAAGACAAUUUUCCUACCACCACGUCGAUUUCGCCUACCACCUCUGCAACUCAAGUCGAAUCAUCGUCGCGCAGCUACUCUCCGCCUCAGAUACAGAGGUCAUCGCCACCACACAUCUUUGCUGAAGAUAGGCCACAGACUCCGCCUCGAAGGGCCGUAUCACCUCACCUUGGUGUGGAUCGUCCAGGGUCUGAAUGGGAGAGGAAGGUCGUGACACCCGGGAGCUGGAGUACAGCAGCAACACCUGGUGCGGAACCCGUUGACAGCUUAUCAGUAGGAUUGGACAACCCAGAGUGGAUGCCAGAAUCACCUACGUCCGGUAAAGGGAAACUUCACGAACCUGCAGAUGAUCUUCAAAAUAGUGCGGGGACCAAGAACGUGCAUUUUUCGUCAUCUGUGGUUGGUGGAUCUUCUACGGGAACUAGAUCUCCGGAAGUAUCACCCAAAGUCAGCGAAUUUAGCGAACAUGUAUAUUCUGAACCUCCGGUUCAUGGUUAUCAAGGACAAUAUUUUGUUGAGCCGCCUGACUCGUAUUCCUCCCUUACUCCAUCCGCACCACCAGCACCACCCUCUAUCUCGACUUCAUCGCAUACACUUACCUCAGCUUGGCAUUCUGGUUAUACUUCCGUACACUCAGAACCCGCACCAAUGGAGCUCACACCCGCAAUGGUGACAAAGGCGCAGAGACACUCGAGAUUCGCCAUCAGCGCUCUGGAUUACGAGGAUAGGGAGCAGGCUAUAAAGGAGCUGAGAACGGCGCUGGAAGCGCUGGGAGCUUGACAGUUAUCCAGACAUCGUUGGGAUAUUUUCUUUCGUUGUUAUGCAUUGUUAUGCUACACAUGUACUUUCUAGGACAUCAUUAUUGCAUGCUUUCACAUUUCAUUGCC